AGCCACCUGCAGUCAUCUCCUUCCGACGAUCGGCAGCAGCCAUGGACGAUUUCUACGAGUCUCCGUCGAUGACCUCAGUCAACGAUCCGUCCUUCAAUUUGACCAGCGGCUCCCGCCUCAUCAAGGAAGCAGCUACCGCCGUAGCCGAAUUGCUCUGUUUCCCGGAGAAUUUAUCGUACGUCGGCUCCAAUUCCGGAGAAAAUUGGGCAAUCUCCGAACCACUAAACGCCCCUAAUAUGAAAAAUUACCGCUCCCUAGCGAAGGAAUCGAACAUUUGGCUGUCCCUUGGAGAAUUCUAGGUCUCACAGUUUGCUACGAUUUGAGAAUUCCAGAGCUCUAGCCCAGGCGCCGUACCGAAAAUGUCGAAUUUCUCGAAAGCGACUCGGAUUAUGAAACGACGUCGCGUAAUCAUUUACUGUGUGAAAAUAUGGAGAAGAACGAAAAGAGAAGCAUUAAAACAGCGGAUGAAUUAUCAUUUGCUUCUGCAAAAUAUGAUGAAGAACCGGAGAAGAUCAACUACAGGGGAAUCAAGUCUAUGCCAUUCAUCAUAGGAAACGAGACCUUUGAGAAGCUUGGAGCCAUUGGAACUUCAUCAAACCUGCAGUUGUAUCUAGCCACAGUUUUCAAUAUGACACACUUUUCUGCAACAACGGUACUUAAUGUGUUUAACGGCACCACCAACAUCGCAACUCUUGUCGGAGCUUAUCUUUGCGACACUUACUUUGGCCGUUACAAGACAUUGGGAUUCGCCUCAAUCGCCUCAUUGUUUGGAUUCUUGGCCUUGACAUUAACAUCAGUAUUCAAUAACCUCCAUCCACCUCACUGCUCACCUGGCGAUAAAUGUGUGGGCCCGGAUGUAUGGCAAAUGGCCUUUCUCCUAUUCAGUUUCGGGCUUAUGAUAAUUGGUGCUGGUGGAAUAAGGCCCUGUAACUUAGCCUUCGGUGUCGAUCAGUUCAAUCCCAACACAGAGUCUGGCAAAAGGGGCAUUGCUAGUUUCUUCAACUGGUACUAUUUAACAGUCACAUUCGCACAAAUUGUCUCGUUAACCCUAGUCGUUUAUGUUCAAUCCAACAUUAGCUGGUCCAUAGGCUUGGCCAUUCCCACAAUAUUUAUGUUUCUGUCGUGUGUAUUGUUCUUUAUGGGCGAAAAAAUGUAUGUGAAAGUGAGGCCGGACGGCAGCCCCAUGACUAGUCUGGUCCAGGUAGCGGUGGCUGCCGCCAAGAAGAGGCGGCUGGAGUUGCCGGAGCAGCCGUGGCUCAGCCUUUUCAACUAUAAACCGCCCAAGUCUAUCAAUUCUAGGCUGCCUUACACCGAGCAGUUCAUAUUCUUGGACAAAGCAGCAAUAAUAACAGCAGAAGACGAAAUAAAACCAGACGGAUCAGCCUCGAAUCCAUGGAGCCUCUGCACCACACAACAAGUGGAAGAACUCAAAUGCGUACUAAGAGUGAUCCCAGUUUCACUCACAGCCAUUUUCUACCACAUCGGAGUCCAGCAACAGUACGUAGUCUUCCAAGCACUCCAAUCCAACAGACACCUCGGAAGCUUCCAAAUCCCCGCCGCCUCUUACAUAGUCUUCGCCAUGCUCAGCCUCACCCUGUGGGUCCCGCUCUACGACCGAGUCAUCGUCCCUUUUCUCCGCCAACUAACAAAACAAGAAGGCGGCAUCACAAUCCUCCAAAGAAUGGGAAUCGGAAUAUUCCUCACCAUACUCGGAUCACUCGUGGGGGCCGUUGUGGAGGAAAGGAGGAGGUCUUUGGUGGGGCCCGCCUCCGGCCCUGUUUCCGCCAUGUCAGCGAUGUGGCUGGUCCCACAGCUGACGCUGAGUGGGUUCGCUGAGGCGUUUAAUGCGAUUGGACAGAUUGAGUUUUACUACAAGCAGUUCCCGGAGAAUAUGAGGAGCGUGGGUGGUGCUUUUUACUUCUGUGGAAGUGCCGCCUCGCAUUAUGUUUAUAGUUUGUUGAUAUCGGUGGUGCAUAGGAUGACUGAGGAUGACCGGAGCGGGAGCUGGCUGCCGGAGGAUCUCAAUAAGGGGAGGUUGGAUUAUUUUUAUUACCUUAAUGCGGUUUUGUGUGCGUUGAAUUUCGGAUAUUUUCUUUUGUGUGCUAAUUGGUAUAGAUAUAAGGGUGAUGGAGAUAGUGGUGUGGAAAUGGAGAUGAAGAAACCUGGAAACCAUUCUGCCUGAGAGAUGGAAAGUUUGCAGAAACCUCCGUUUUGGGAGAAUCUUUGUUGACUUGUAGUACUUUAAAUUUUUUUUUUUUACUUUCUUGUUUUAAUAGAGAUUAGGUCUCUAUUUAUUUCAAAUAAUGUAAUUUAUUUUUGAAUGAAAGUGAACAUAUUUGUGCAGAAUGCAGAGCAGCAGGAACUGUCUAUUUUGAUA